AUGAUAUUCACAAAUCCCGCGAACCAAGAUGCAAAAUCUUCAGCGAAUCUUCUUGUUUUGAAAUACGGGACAGAACAUGUCUUAAUUGGUAUGCCUGAUGCAUAUGAUGCUAUCGUGGGCACUGCAAAGCAGGAAUUCAGCAUAGCAGAGGACGAGCAGAUACAGCUAUUUACGGAAGACGUUUUUAGCGGCCGCGAGAGGACUGCUGUUAGGAUCACGGCGGGUGCCUGGCAAGGACUCAUGCCUUUGCUGGCCACGGUCGAGGUGAAGCGCGUUCAGCCUGCGAGGGACGCAACAGGCAUGCAGACCCCUGGUCCAUCAGCAGGCCCAAGUCAGUCCACUGCCGCAGAGUCUCAGAAGGCCAAGAUCCCGUCGCCUCCCGAGGAAGAGCCUACGUCUCGCGCACGUCCAUCUGCGAGCCGAUCCGCGCAAUCCACUGGUAAGACCCCGGCAUCAAAGUCGUCGGCGAAGGCAGCUUCCUUGCGCCUCUCCGUGCAGCCCUCGUCGAGCCCACUCAAGAAAGCCACGAAGCAGCCGGCAAAGCAAGAGCCUACGCUCCCGCAUCUCGACGAGGAGGAGGAGCACGAUCCCGCGCCGCGCUCCCCGAUGAAGAAGAACGCGAAACGGCGCGUCAUUGACUCAGAUGGCGAGCGCGACGGAGGCGACACUGGCUCGGCCAAGCGCAGGCGGACGAGCGACAGGCGCGCCGACUCGGAGGCGCAGGUGAAGGAGGAGCUUCAAGUGAAGCCCCAGCCUGCGAUGGCGCGAAGCGAGGCCCUGAAGGCGACCGUGGCGCGCGCGUCGCCCCUGCGCACUCCGAAACGAGAGCCUCUGCAGCAGGUGCCAUCGACGCCGAGCCGCGCGGCGCAGCCUCAGCUAAACGCUGGCCCAGAACCAUACAAUCCUGACGCGAGCUUCGUGAUCAGCGUCGCGCUUGCCACCGCAGACGGCGCCGACAAUGACGAGGAUAACGAAAGCGGCUCACAGUUCAAGACCAAGAACAAACACACGGUGCGCAAGGUCCUCUGGACCGCGUGCCGUACAUUUGGGAUGCAGGAACAAUACGAGAAGGUGGGCCUGUACAUGCGCGAUGACGAAGGCUGCGACCACUUCUGCUUAGAGGACAAGACCGUAGGCGAGCUCGGCAUCACAGCAGACACGUAUCUCUCAGUCCGGUAUGUUGAUGAAGAAGACUGA